GGGGAAGCCAUCCUAGAAGGUGCUAGCUUGCCGGGCUCUCUUUAAAGUUCCCUUGUUCCCCGUUGUUUUGUUCUCCAUCUCUUUCCACUUUUCUACCUUAUUGUCUUUUAAUUUAUAGUACCUUCAUCUGUGCCAUUGUCCGGUACUAUUGUCCAGUUCAUUAUGGCUCCUCAGAUUGUCGACGCCCCUCCUACCACCAUCGACCUGGAAACAGGCCACGAGAGCGAAAACAAGAAGAACACUGGCCCGGACGAGAUCUCCGCCAUUGACGAGAAGAAAGACGACCAGAUCCCAGCCUACCAGCAGGAUGCCUUUGGUAACGAGGAGUUUGCGGAGGUCAAAUACAAGGUCUUGAAGUGGUGGCAAUGCGGGUUACUCAUGGUCGCCGAAACCGUCUCCCUGGGUGUCCUCUCGCUGCCCAAGGCCGUCGCAGGUCUAGGUCUGGUCCCCGCUAUCAUCAUCCUCAUCGGGCUGGGUAUCAUGGCAACAUACACGGGCUAUGUCAUCGGUCAGUUCAAGUGGAAGUAUCCGCACAUCACCAACAUGGCGGAUGCGGGUGAGGUCUUGAUGGGGCGGUUUGGGCGUGAGUUGCUGGGGAUUGGACAAAUGCUGUUCCUGGUUUUUAUCAUGGCAAGCCAUAUUCUCACGUUUACGGUGGCUAUGAACACGAUUACCAACAAUGGGACUUGCUCGAUUGUGUUUGGGGUUGUGGGGACGAUUAUUUCGUUUAUUUGCUCGCUGCCUAGGACGUUGGAGAAGAUGUCGUGGCUUUCGUUGGUUUCGUUCAUCAGUAUUCUCUCUGCGGUGAUGAUCACCAUGGUUGCGGUUGGUGUCCAGGAUGAUGGAGCUGCUGUUGAGGCUACUGUGAAGACUAACCUCUUCCACGGUUUCACUGCAGUGACCAACAUUGUAUUUGCUUUCUCCGGACACGCCGCCUUCUUCGGUCUCAUGGCUGAACUCAAGGAUCCUCGCGACUACCCCAAGGCCCUGUGCUUGCUCCAGGGUAUCGAUAUCUCGCUGUACAUUAUCGCUGCCAUUGUCAUCUACCGCUACACCGGUGCCGAAGUCGCCUCUCCCGCUCUUGGAUCAGCUGGUACUCUGGUUUCCAAGAUUGCCUACGGAAUUGCGCUGCCAACUAUCAUCAUCGCCGGUGUCAUCAACGGUCACGUCGCUUUCAAGUACGUCUACAUUCGGCUCUUCCGCGGUACAGACCGCAUGCACAAGCGUGACUUGGUCGCCGUUGGCACCUGGAUCGGUAUUGGCCUGGUCCUCUGGAUCAUCGCCUGGAUCAUUGCCUCUGCCAUUCCAGUCUUCAGCAACCUCCUGAGCUUGAUUACUGCAUUGUUCGCAAGUUGGUUCACCUACGGCCUGAGCGGGAUCUUCUGGCUGUACAUGAACAAGGGCUUGUACUUCUCUUCACCCCGGAAAAUCGCCUUGACACUUCUUAAUGUCAUCAUCGUCGGAAUUGGCGCUAUCCUGUGCGGCCUCGGUCUCUACGUCUCCGGAAAAGCCAUCCACGAUAAUCCCAGCAGCGCGAGUUUCUCGUGUGCUGCGAGCAACUAAUCUCUUUUUCUCUUUUUCUCUUCUUGUUGAUUACUUUUUCUGAUACUUGAUACUGCAUCUGCAUAAUGCUGUGCAUUGCAUGAUGGCAUGUGUUUCCGAAUCAUGGGCUGGGUUGCAGGUUAUGACGUUCGGGGGUGGGCUAAACAAGCUAUUUCUGUAAUAUCUACGGAGUAUUUGAUACCAUAUUCGUACUGGUAACGUUAGAGAAAAUUAUGAUGUUGUAUUCUAUUGACCUCAUACUCGCUUGGUUUUUGCAUGU